GGAAGCCCCAUGGGCUCCGCGUCCCCGCUCGGGCAGGACACAGGUCUCGGGCUGCAGCCCACGGUCUCGGGGCCUAAAUACAGAGCUUCGCCUCGUCUUGGCUGGGUGGCCGAGCGAACGUUACAAGUCUAAGAGCUCAGGACAAGAGCAGCAGAAAUACAUGCAACAUGGUGACUGGAACCCUGAGGACCUUGCAAUAUGAAUAAUUCUCUGGAGAACACCAUUUCCUUUGAAGAAUACAUCCGUGUGAAGGCACGAACGAUCCCCCAGCACAGGAUGAAGGAGUUUCUAGACUCCCUUGCUUCCAAGGGGCCAGAAGCUCUCCAGGAGUUUCAGCAGACAGCCACCACCACAAUGGUGUAUCAGCAGGGUGGCAACUGCAUUUACACGGACAGCACAGAGGUGGCUGGGUCUUUGCUUGAACUUGCUUGUCCUGUGACAACCAGUAUCCAACAACAAACUCAGCCUGAGCAGCAGAUACAGGUUCAGCAACCCCAGCAAGUCCAGGUUCAGGUCCAGGUCCAGCAGUCACCACAGCAGGUCUCUGCCCAGCAGCUCUCUCCGCAGCUCUCUGUCCACCAGGCUUCCGAGCAGCCAAUACAGGUCCAAGUGCAGAUCCAGGGCCAGGCACAGCAGCAGGCAUCCCAGACAAUACAGAGUCAAUCUCUUCAGAGCCCCAGCCCAUCGCAGCUGCAGGCAGCUCAGAUCCAAGUGCAGCACGUGCAGACUGCCCAGCAGAUCCAGGCUGCAGAGCUACAGGAGGAACACAUACAGCACCAGCAGAUCCAGGCCCAGCUUGUGGCAGGACAGGCCAUUACUGGUGGCCAGCAGAUCCAGAUCCAGACAGUCGGAGCACUGUCACCUCCACCUUCUCAACAAGGCUCCCCACGAGAGGGAGAGAGGCGGAUCAGCUCUGCCAGUGUCCUUCAGCCAGUGAAGAAACGUAAAGUGGAUAUGCCUAUUACUGUAUCAUAUGCUAUUUCAGGGCAGCCAGUUGCCACAGUGCUGGCCAUUCCUCAGGGCCAGCAGCAAAGUUAUGUCUCUUUAAGGCCAGACUUGUUAACAGUGGACAGUGCCCACCUGUACAGUGCCACUGGGACCAUUACUAGCCCCACUGGAGAGACGUGGACCAUCCCUGUUUACUCCGCUCAACCACGUGGUGACCUUCAGCAGCAAAACAUAACCCACAUUGCCAUCCCUCAGGAGGCCUACAAUGCCGUCCAUGUCAGUGGCUCACCCACAACACUGGCUACAGUGAAGCUGGAAGAUGACAAGGAUAAGAUGGUGGGAAGUACUUCAGUAGUGAAGAACUCUCAUGAGGAAGUGGUGCAGACUCUUGCUAAUUCGAUCUUUCCAGCACAGUUCAUGAAUGGCAACAUCCACAUUCCAGUGGCAGUGCAGGCUGUGGCAGGGACAUACCAGAAUACAGCACAAACAGUGCACAUAUGGGACCCACAGCAACAACAGCAGCAGCCCACACCCCAAGAGCAGGGGCAGCAGCAGCAGCUACAAGUCACUUGCUCAGCUCAAACUGUUCAGGUUGCUGAAGUUGAACAGCAGCCACAGCCACAGACUUCACCUGAACUUCUGCUUCCAAACUCUCUGAAGCCGGAAGAAGGUCUUGAAGUGUGGAAAAGCUGGGCACAGACCAAGAAUGCAGAGCUGGAAAAAGAAGCCCAAAAUAGACUAGCACCUAUUGGAAGGCGUCAGCUGCUGAGGUUCCAGGAAGAUCUCAUAUCUUCAGCUGUGGCUGAGCUGAAUUAUGGUCUGUGCUUAAUGACACGAGAAGCUCGGAAUGGUGAUGGUGAACCCUAUGAUCCAGAUGUGCUCUACUAUAUCUUCCUGUGUAUUCAGAAGUAUCUCUUUGAAAAUGGCCGAGUUGAUGACAUCUUCUCAGAUCUCUACUAUAUUCGGUUCACUGAAUGGCUGCAUGAAGUUCUUAAGGACAUACAGCCCCGUGUUUCACCUCUUGGUUACAUCCUCUCCAGUCAUGUAACAGAAGAGAUGCUGUGGGAGUGUAAGCAGCUUGGAGCUCACUCCCCUUCCACCUUGCUCACUACAUUGAUGUUUUUUAAUACAAAAUACUUCCUGUUGAAAACAGUAGACCAGCACAUGAAGCUGGCCUUCUCCAAGGUGCUGAGGCAGACCAAGAAGAACCCUUCUAAUCCCAAGGAUAAAAGCACGAGUAUCCGCUAUAUGAAGGCUCCAGGCAUGCACCAGACAGGACAGAAAGUUACAGAUGACAUGUAUGCAGAGCAGACCGAGAAUCCAGAGAACCCCCUGAGGUGUCCGAUAAAGCUGUAUGACUUCUACCUCUUCAAAUGCCCCCAGAGUGUGAAAGGCCGGAAUGACACAUUUUACUUGACACCGGAGCCAGUGGUGGCCCCCAACAGCCCUAUCUGGUAUUCCAUCCAGCCGAUCAGCAGAGAGCAGAUGGAGCAGAUGCUCACCCGGAUCCUGGUGAUACGAGAGAUUCAGGAAGCUCUUGCCGUGGCUAAUGCCAGCACCAUGCACUAAGGCAUCCUUCGUGGCUCAGAUGGGGUGGGGCAGGGUGAUGGGGGAGGGACAAGCAAAGAGAAAUUGUACAGACUUUUACACUAAAAGAGAUGCCUAAGUUUUUGGUUUUUUAUUGGUGUAGUUAUGAAGCCCUUUUAGGCUUCUUCUCUUUAAAAGAAUCUAAAGGAAAACCUACCCAUUGUGUAUCCUACCCAACACACCAAACUGUUGGAACCAUUGGAGGCUGCAUAUCCCCUGCAAGCUGGGAGCUGUGGAAAGCUGCUGGUUGACUCUGGGUUUUUUUUUUAUAAUGUAGAAAACAUGAACUACAGGAUUGGCCUGGUUGGCUGGGGCCUCUGUCUCCUUGGAGUACGUGCAGCCUAGAGGGCACAGAAUGAUGGAUGGACCUGCUCAGCCAGUGGAGGAGAGGCAGGCAUCUUCUUUUCUUGUGCUUGGACGUUAAUUUGCUGUUAUCUUGGAAGAAAGAGGAGAGAGUGAACUGCAAUUAUGAUUUAUACAAAAAAAAAAAAAACAAAACAACAAUUUCUAUUCAGACCUUUAAGUGACAUUUUUAGAUGUUAAAAGUACAAACUUUACCACACUCUUCUUUUUUGGCCUAACAUUGAGGCCUUAAACCUUGAGGCUUCUGUGCCUGAUGAAUUCUUGUAACAUACACUUGUGUAUCAUAUAAAGAUACCACCCUGUUUCUCUUAUGUAUUCUUACUCUAGUUGUUUAUUAAGAAUGACGAGCACGUCUUUUCAACA